AACUUAAACAAUAACCUGGAUGAAACAAUUCUGAUUUACAUGAGGAAAUUGAGAAAUUUCUAUCCUUAAAUGCCGGAAUCUCUUCAUUUUCCUUUUCUAAUCAUAAGUGAAAGUUAAAAUCGUCGCGUAAUUGAAUAGUCCCUUGAUGUCCAAACCACAUAGCAAUGUCGCCUCGAAAACAGCCAAAUAGUUUGUUUAAAAUCUGCAUUAGAAACUGUAUUAGUUUAAUUAAUUCCGCUUGUUAUGUUAUUGAAAAGAAUAGUCCGGAGAAUAAUUUUCACGAAUGUGAGGCUGAGGCGAUCGCGUUGAAAUGCCAGUUGAUGUCGAUGCUUCCAGCCAGGUUAUUUGAUGUCCUCUGUUCUGAAAGAACAUGCUGCCAAUACCGCGGUGACCCUCGAGUCCAGCUCCACAUCCUCACACACCCCAACCUGACUGUCUUCCGUAAAUGUGACCUAGAUAACGGCAUUCCUCAGGCAUUCUGGAUAGAAACUCUUCCAAACUUCAGCCGCUUGGUUAUCCUAGAUCUCAAAUUCAUUUGUACGGAUGAAAUACUUCAGAUUAUUGGAGUGAGCUGUCCGUCGUUAGAGGAAAUUAAUAUUGUGUCACGGGUUGAUAUUUGUAAGUCUCUCUUUAAUGCUUCUGUGCUAAUCAGAAAUGUCUCUGAUGCAGGACUCCGUUCAAUCACGAACUUGAAGCAGUUGAGGAUUCUUGCCAUGGAUCCACCGAGGAAUGAACGAGCUAACCGUGUAGGUAGAUGUGUGUCGCAAGCUGGAAUAAUAAUGCUAGUUAGUGAGCUUCCCUAUUUAGAAGAAUUAAGGAUAGAAUCCUGUGAUAUUGGGUCAACGAUGAUUGGUACAGUAGUGGACAUCGGGCCUUUGAGUCUAAGGAAAAUAAACUGCCAUUUCGCUUCAGCUGACGGGAUUAGGAAGUUGAUUAAAAUUUGUCCUCGUCUCAAAGAGUUGUCGGUAACACAUUUGUCAGAGCACGAUAAAGAUGCUAUAUUGGAACAGAUUUCCAUUAGUGAUUUAAGGUUAAACAGGUUGGAUUUGUCGUUUUUUUCUUAUACAGACUCAAUGCAGCAGCUUCUGCAGGUGAAAGGUGUUUAUUUGACGCAUUUCUCUCUAUGGGAAAUUGAUCAUUCGCUAACAUUGGAUGCUGUCCUGUCUUUGGGCACUUGCUGUCCUAACCUCUCAUCGCUCUGUAUAAUGACUCAGUCGAAAUGUUUAGUAAUACCUCGAUAUUUCCGGCGACCAAGCAAAAUGUUCAGCGAACUUCGGAACUUCACCAUAGGCAACGAGAACUUCAACAUAGACCACAUAUUAUCCUUCUUCCUUGAGUGCACUCAAAAUUUACAAAAACUAGUACUGAAAUAUCAAACGAAAAUCAAUGUGGAUCAAACAAUGCUACAUUUAUUGGAGAAAGGUAGUUUUAGUAACUUGAAUUACUUAUGGUUGGAUUGUACUUUAGAAAUAUCUAAGUCUGUAGUGAAACAGAUUAUUCAGAGUUGUGAAAAACUUCAAAUGUUCACUGUAGACUUUACAGAGGACAUGAGUGAAGUACAUAGGUACAUUAACGAGAAUAACUUAGACUUAAAGUUAGGUAGCUAUUGAGUAUUUGUAAGUAAUUAUGUAGUUUAUUUUAUAAUAAACUUUUUAUC